GCCAGAUUUCCAGUCAUACGACACAAACGAAACACACGUCAUGUCGAAAUUCUCUCUCCAAGGUCGAACAGCGCUGGUUACAGGAGGCGGACGGGGCUGCGGACUCGCCUUCGCACGCGGACUCGCAGAAGCAGGAGCUGAUGUCGCGGUCUUCGAUGUCAUCGAGCCCCAUGCCGAAUUCCACGCCAUCGAGAAGGAGUGUAAAGUGCGGACGGCCUACUACAAAGUCGACGUCUCCUCCCCCGAAUCCCUAGAAGCAGGAUUCAGCAAGUUCCAAGCCGACUUCGGCAAUAAACUCGACAUCUGCGUGCCCUGCGCUGGGAUCAAUCGCCACCAUACCUUCCUGGACUUUACGUACGAAGAGCACCACAAUCUGCUGGCUGUUAAUGUGCUAGGACUGUACUUUACCGCACAGCACGCAGCAAAGCAGAUGAUCGCCAACGGCACAAAGCACGGGAGUAUCAUUCUGGUAGCAAGCAUGGCCAGCCAUGUUGCAGUGCGCAGCCAGCUGUGUUCUGCGUAUUGUGGCUCGAAGGGAGCGGUGCGGGCGAUGUGUCCUGCCAUUGCCAAAGAUCUGACUGAAUAUGGCAUCCGGGUCAACACGAUCAGCCCCGGGUAUGUUCGGACGGAGAUGACGGCGGCGUUCUCACAUCUGCUUGAGGGCUGGAAGACGGAGACAAUCAACGGGCGCAUUGCGGAGCCGGAGGAUAUCAUGGGGGCGUGUGUGGGGGUUCGGAAUUCCCACCGCGACUCCCACUGUUGGCUCAAUUCCCGACUCUGCCAUCGCAUGAUUCGCAUCUAUAACAGCAUGAAGCGCUCAGCAUCUGAAGCCAAUCUCUCUAUUCAUCCAGAGACUGCCAUGGCUCCCAGCGCAGACCACGACCAGGGCUUCUCCGACGCCGUCCCAGGCGCCCACGCGACCGUUGCCAUUGCCGGCGCUGGGCCGGCGGGCCUUAUGCUUGCAGUCAAUCUCGUCCGCCUCGGCAUUUCAACGCUCAUCCUCGACGACCGGCCUGAGAAGACGACCACCGGCAAAGCAGACGGCAUCCAGCCCAAGACAAUCGAGACGCUGCGCCAGCUGCGCCUCGCCGAUACACUUCUCCGGAAUGGCGCGCGCGUAUACGACAUUUCCUUCUGGGACUCAACACCAUCCCACUCCCUCAGCCGCAAGGGCCGCCAGAUCCACUACCCAGAUCACCUCGUCGGCGCCUCAGAUCCAUACAUUCUGCUCGCGCACCAAGGCAUGCUCGAGGACGUGCUGAUCGACGACCUGGCAAGCCGGGGUGUGACCGUGCAGCGGAAUAGCCCGUUUGUGUCGUGCUCGCGCGAUCCCGCGGGCAAGCUGGACGUUCUCUACGAGGACCGCAGCACAGGCGAGAAACGGGCCGUCAAGGCGGACUUUCUUGUUGGGUGUGAUGGGGCGAGGUCGAAGGUUCGGGAGUUUAUUCCUGAUGCGCAGCUGGAGGGGGAGAUGACGAAUGCUUCUUGGGGGGUUUUGGAUGGGGUGAUUGAAACGGACUUCCCUGAUCUGUGGAGUAAAGUAGCUGUGCGCUCGCACACUGUUGGAUCGAUCCUGUGGAUUCCCCGCGAACGAAACAUGACCAGGUUAUACGUCGAAUUGAGCGCUACAGCUGGCGAACGGGUCGACAAGGCAAAGGCCACGCCGGAGUAUGUCAUGGCGCGGGCAAGAGAAGCCAUGCACCCGUUUAGUCUGGAGUGGAAGUCAAUCGAAUGGUUCGGAAACUACGUCGUCGGCCAGCGCGUCGCCAGACACUUCUCCGACCCGGAGCACCAGAUCUUCAUCGCCGGUGAUGCCGGGCACUGCCACAGCGCCCUCGCCGCACAAGGCGCAAACACAAGCAUGCACGACUCGUUCAACCUCGCGUGGAAACUGAAUCUCGUCUCGCGGGGUCUCGCAGCCCGCUCUUUGCUGGGGACAUACGAGGCCGAGCGGCGCAAGAUCGCCAAUGACUUGAUUGCCUUUGACGCGGGACAUUGUGCGGCGUUCGAGGCGGGCGAGGCGGCCUUGACCAAGAACUUUAAUGACAAUAUCCGGUUUAUUUCGGGCGUUGGGGCGGAGUAUGCAGAGGGACCGCUUACCACGGUGUCGCCGUCUGCUGCUGUGAAUGGACUCCGGCCUGGGGCGUUGAUGAUCCCGUCGAAAGUGACGCGGUAUAUCGAUGCGAAUCCGGUCGAUAUCCAGCUCGAUAUCCCGAUCUUGGGCCAGUUCAGGCUAUAUUUCAUGAUUCCCGAUGUCCAAGCUGCAAAGGGGCUCUUAGAUUCUGUUUGCGGUAUCUUAGACUCGAAGUCUCGUCUAUCAACUGCAUCAAGUGCAGCGCGGUCCUCAUAUGAGGGUCGCUCCCGCGGUGACGCAGCCAGCGAUGCUUUCCUUUGUUUCGAUAGGUACACGGCUGUCUCGGAUAUCCUGACCCUGGCGCUCGUGAGCGGGUCGAAGAGGGAUGUGUUCGAGCUGGCUGAUCUGCCCCCUGCGCUGCAGCGGAGUCGGUGGUCGGUGUACCUUGAUGAUGUGGACGGGUGUAUUGAGAAGUGGGUUGGGAUGUCAAGACCUGCGACGGUCAUUGUACGGCCAGAUGGGUAUAUUGGGGCUGUACAGAAUUGGGAUGUGAGCCAGGGGGUUGAGGCUGCGCGGUGGGUGGAUGAGUAUUUCAGCUUUUUGGCUUAGACAGUGAUACUUCAGUGGUAUACUUUAACAGAAUAACUAAGACUAUGCCUGCAAGACCAGCU